UUAUUAUUACAGAUAGGUGGUUGCUCCUCACUAACAGUCCUUAUCCUAAGGAACAAUCGGCUGAGGUCCAUUCCUUCAUCAAUAGCUCAGUUGAGCAGUUUAACAAUCAUUAAUAUCAUUGGGAACCAGUUGUCAAGACUACCAGCAGGACUCUCAUCACUACCUCACAUUACAGCAAUAUGGAUAGCAGAGAACCAGUCAAAGCCAUUGUUAGAGUUUCAGCUCCAGACUGAUCCCAGUAAUGGAGACAGUUACCUCACUUGUGUGGUCUUCCCUCAACAAGGAAUAGAAACACCUUACGAUGAAUCUCAUGGUUCAUCAGAUACCAGUUCCAUCCCUACACUUGACUCCAUUCCUCCUCCUCCUACUGGGGCCCAUCCCACUGAUGGACUCCAUGCUCAGGGCAGCUCCGUUAACUUUGAACCUCAUCUUGUCACUGGAGAGAAAAAGGGUAUAUCAAGAGAUUUGACUCCUUACCCAAAGGAGCUUCAUGCCAGAAUCAAUAAAUGGAAAACAUCUAAAGAAGGAACUGGGAAGGACUCAACUAACGAGUCUGGUAGUAUUAUUCAGCGUCGUUCCACUUACAAUAAGAUAAACCGCCCCCACAGUUUAAUAAAGGCACUAGUUAAUCCGGUCCAGGAUGGAUCAGGUCUCAUUGAAUCAACAGUAUCAAGAGUUAGCUCACUCUCUCCUGAUCUACUGAUUCAUCUACCUACUGCUGAUAUCGGAGCUGAUUCUAACGAUGAUAUUGAUCAGGAAUCAAGAGAAGUUGACGUGAUUCCUGAUAUUAACAUGUUAAUGAAUGAUCAGUCAAGAAGGUCACAAGUACUGGACCACACCCACAACACCAACAACAACAAUAAUAAUGCACGCCCACCAAGAAUACCGUCUGCUGACUCAGCAACCAGUGGGUUUGCUUCCAGUCCAGACACGCCCACUUAUCUUAAAAAUAAAUUAACUGCCGCUAAGGUGGGGGUGUGGUCUCAUUACACCCACAGUGUUGAGAGUGGUAUUGAACAGGAGCUGGCCUGGUAUCAGUCGACCACACCCUCUCCCUCUCAUGGAGCCACACCUACCAUAACCCCACCCACUAACGGGCUUCAGUCUGAUGGUGAGGAUUAUGAUCAUUUAUCAAAAGACGUCCCCAGCAGUUCCACCCUCUCACUAUCAGCCCCGCCCCUUUCCCCCGUCCUCUCUCCUCGUACAGUGCCCCCCCAGCCCCCUCAGGCCGGGGGUAAUCCCUCUCGCCCCCCUCUAGACCUCUCCUCUCUCUCCCCCGUCCUCCAGCCAGCAGUGAGUGCUAAGAUACACAGAGGACAUGAGGGGUCCUUCAUGAGGGCUCUCUCUCCCCACUACUCCUCAUUCCAUUCUCGGCAUUACUCAGACUCAGUCUAUCCGUUAAAAGCCACACCCACUACUGACACACCCCCUCUCAGUGCCGGCCCCAUUAGGAGGACCAGAGGCUCCUCCUACACUAGUUCCUCUCCUAAUAAUCACAGCAGGAGACCAUACCACCAGUACAGCACUGACCCUCCUACUGGGGGUUCCCCUAGGGGGUGGGGCCAGGAACUGAUUCAUAGUUUUGAUAGAUUAGUGUCAGCCACACCCCCUCAGUCUCCUGGUAAAAGGGGUGUGGUUUUUACCAGUACUGAUGGUACGUUGAACAGGAGACCAAGAGCCAGUGAAUAUACUGAUACUACCACUAGGACCCCGGGAUAUAAGAGUGUUGGUUCAGUGAGCAGUGCUGGUGCUGACAGUGGAGUGGAACUAUUGAGAAGAACAACAGCAUACGUCAUACCAAAAUCUACCAGUAACAGCACUAAUAUCAGUUAUGAUGCUAACUCUCUUGGAACAUAUGAGGUGACGUUAAAGAAGAGUCCUACAUUAGGAUUGGGUAUUACUGGAGGUAAAGACGGAGAGAAUGCCAUCAAACCUGGAGACAAGGGAUUUUACGUGUUUCGACUGGUCAACAACCUACCAGCUGCUAAGUGUGGGAAGAUCAGUAUUGGAGACAAGAUACUAGCAGUGAAUAGUGUUGAUGUCAGUAAUUUGCUAAACGAACAGUUAGUGAAACUACUGACUAGUGAAGACGUGUAUGUAACUAUACUGUUUGCAAGAGAACCGUCCAUCACACUGUUAUAGACCAGCACUCAUCAAUGAUCCACCCCCUCCCUCUCUCUCUCUCUCUCUUCAUCAAUGUGUCAGCAUUUUAAUAACACGAUUAUUUUAAUAUUAUAUAUUUACUGAUAAUUAUCUUUUAAAUAAUAUCGUCAUUAAUCAUUAUGUUGUUGUUCUUGUUAUAAUUUUAUUUAUUAUUUUGUUUACUGUGACCUGCACAUGAGCUCAGUUGUUGGCUACUUUUGAAGUUAUCAUUUCAUCAAA